UUCUUUGAUUUUUGUUUGGUGGUUGCAAAGAGGUGAAAAAUUUUCAACUCCAAUUCACCCCCUCUCUUGGAGUACAUCGAGUCAACAAUUGGUAUCAAAACAAGGGCUCCAAUUUGAAGGUUUAACCACCUAGGAGUUGAUCGGGGAUAACUCAAUUUCAAGCUUCUCAACCACUUGAAGAUAAAGAGAUGUGGGAUAUGUUAGAGGUUGGAUAUGUUAGAGGUCACACAUGAAGGAACAAGUCAGGUGAGGGAGUCAAAAAUCAAUAGACUCAUUUACAUGUAUGAGCUUUUCAAGAUGAAACCGGAGGAGACCAUUCAAGAUAUGUAUACAAGAUUGAAUGAUAUAGUCACAAAUCUCAAGGCUCUUGGUAAAGUUUAUCUUUCUCAAGAAGUGGUUGAAGAUCUCAUUGGAAAAUUGAUGACAUAUAAGAUAGAAGUUCAAGUUGAUGGUGGAGUUGAAGUACUUGAGAAGAAGAAAAAGGAUGUUGCGUUCAAGGCUAGCAAACAAAAAGAAGAAAGUGAAGAUGAUGCUAGCAAUGAUGAGUCUAGCAAUGAGGAGGACAUCACCAAAUUGGUUUCAAAGGAAGUGAAGAAAUACAUGAAGAAGAGCCUCAAAGGGACAUCCUCUAGAAGAAACAAGGAAAUUCACGAUUCUAAAGAAAGAAUAUGUAGUGAUGAUGAUGAUGGAGGAAAGCCAAGCAAGAAGCAUAUCAAAUGCUAUGAGUGCAACAAGAUGGGGCAUUAUAGAAAUGAAUGCUCUCAAUUGAAGAAAGGUGAAAGGAAAAACAAGAAGAGCAUGAAGAAGAAAGCUUUUACCGCCACUUGGAGCAAUGAUGAGACUAGCUCAAACGGAAAGUGAAAGCUCCUUGGAGAAUGGUAUUGCAAAUCUUUGCUUCAUGGCUCAAGAAGAUAGCAACAAUGAUGAGGAGGUAAACUCUAACUUCUCUAGUUCAAUUGAUGAAAGUUCCUUUGAGUAUUCUUAUGAUGAUUUAUGCAAAGUUCUUGAUUGCUCUAUGAAUGAUAUCAAGAAACUAAGAAAAUGAGAAUCUUGCU